CUGAUGGCGGCGUGACGCGUGCCUGUGGGCUGCCAGGAAGCCCUCCUACACCCCCUUCACCUCCAUCAGCGGGAAUCUGAGAGGGUCUCAGUCAUGGAGGAGGACUGGGCUGGUGUGUGGUGGGCGUCGCGUACAGACGACAGGGCCAGGAAGGCGACGCACCACACUCUCGCUGCCCCCCACCACACUCCUGCCACACUCCACCGCCCUAGACACUGUCGCUCUACGCUGUCACACCUUCACACCUCCACCAACUGUCCUUUACUGACGAACUAUACACGGAGUGGUGGACAUAUACUGGAACAGAGUGUAAGUGAUUUUAAUAAGAGUGGCGAGUGGAGAACUAAUGUGAAGCAGAGUGAAGAGAACAUGUCACUCUGGCCUCGAGUGCGUCACUGGUCACUAGGUAGAAAUAACUCUUGUAAUAACUGGCGGUGGACAGGUGGCCUCAAGUUAUGGCGGCCAAUAUGGACGACACUGGUGGUGUGCUUGUCCCUCCUGCUGCUGCCGUCUGCCGCGUCUGCCCAAGAUUCCCGAUGUUUCCUCAGUCAGGGCGGCUCUGUGGAGAACUUCUUCAUCAGGGAGAGUUUGGGCGUCGGCAGCGUCAUCGGGACGCUGAGGCUGGAGGGUGACGCCAGUGCCUCCGGAGACAUAUACUUAAGACUGAAGGAGAAGAACUCGCCCGUCCAGAUCUCCUCCAACUCCAAGAACCUCACUCUUACCCGGAAGCUGGACAAAGAGGGCAAGGAGGGGGAAGCCCAUGUAGUAGUCAACGUCAUCUGUGAUCGUCGAGGGACUACCGACCCUAGCAUCACCAUCCCUGUCAACAUCCGAGUGACAGAUGACAAUGACAACGCUCCAAUUUUUAUCAAUAGUCCGUACUACGUCAAUGUGUCAGAGGUGACGGUGGUGGGGACAGUGAUUGUUGGGGACAUCCUGGCCAAGGAUGAGGAUCAGCAAGGACCUUUCUCCACCGUCCAGUACUCCAUUAAGCCUGGACCAUACUCUGACAUGUUUACGUUUGAGUCCCCACUAAGUGGGUCAUUAGUGUUGAGGAAGCCUCUGGACUUCGAGAGUCUUCCUAUAUUCAAUGUUACCAUCAUUGCACAGGACCAAGCGGCUGUACCUCAGAGCAGCAGUACAAUUCUUACAGUACAAGUGCAAGAUGCUGAUGACCAGAACCCUGCCUUUAUUAGGGAUCACUACAUGGCUGUUCUCCCAGACAACUCAGUCAAGAGUGAAUGUUGUGUUCUGGUGCAGGGAACCAUAGUGGAGUUACAGCCAGAGACAGUGAAAGCUGUGGACAGGGAUAAAGGCAUCAUGGCUUCUGUGUUUUACUCCUUCAGGAAAGAGGAGGAGGAGGCACUUUGGUUCACCAUCGACCCUAAGAGUGGUGUGGUGAGCCUGGCUGAGGACCUCCCUGAUGACCAGCUUAACCAGCCCACCACACUAGUUGUUAGGGCAACCCAAGUAGACAACCCAGAUAGGUACGCCCUGACAACAGUCACGCUGUCCAGACGAGGCUACUAUUCAACGCAGCUUCAGUUUAUUCAGCGGGACUAUGUGGCCACCGUGCUGGAAAACUUACCGAGGCACUCUCUCAUUGCCCCUACGAUGAUCAAUAAAAACAUUGAUAAGAAUAUUAAGUUCAGCCUGGAGAGGGACGGGGAUGGAGUGUUCCGCAUCUCACCUUCAGGACAAAUCCUCCUUGACUAUGACCUGGACUUUGAGACCAAGCAAGAGUACAACCUCAAGGUCUAUGUAAAUGAUGGAGAAUUUAAUGACACUGCCACACUGAAGGUACAGGUACUGAAUAUAAAUGAUUGGGAUCCACGCUUUCGCUUCCCUCAGUAUGAAUUCUUUGUCACGUCGACCACCCUAAGGCCAGGAGAUGCAGUAGGCAAUGUAGAAGUGGCAGAUGGAGACCGAGGAGACCAGAUAACUCUCACAGUCUUGGGACAAGAUGCGAAGAUGUUUGCUAUCAGCAGUGAUGGAGAGUUGAGGAUUCGAGACUUAACAUCACUAAAUUCUACAGUAGCUCACAUUGUGGUACUGGCCCGAGACUCUGGGAUCCCACCAAGAACGGCAUCGGCACCCAUUAGUGUCACCUUCCCAGAGGGUUUGGUUCGGUCGUCACCACUUGGUGCCACCUCCAGCUUCUUGCUUAUGGUCAUUUUUGGAGCUCUACUUGGAAUUUUUGUGCUGAUCAUCAUCUGCCUUGCUAUCUACAUACACAAAAAUAAGAAGUGUCGGGAUGAUAAUGAUGCUGCGCUGCCCACCAAGAUGAGUCAGAUUGUAACCAACAACAUCCCCCACACCAAGCUGGACCCUCUCUCUCCACUCAAUCAUCAGAUGCAGGGUAAUGGACGACAGAUGGCCCCAUUGGGCAGCCCCAUCUCACCCAAUGGCCUUGUGGGGAUUGAGAUGCCAUCCUCUGAGAACAACAAUACCCACACUACAAAUAACAAUUAUAACAAUGGCAGUGUCCAAGCCAGCACCAUUUCAGUUCGCUCAGGUGCUCUUGGAGGUUCUGCACAGGGCAGUCGACGAUACCUCAAAAAUCCCCUAGCAAAUGGAUCAUUCCCUGUUACCUCCACCACCAACCCUCCAACUCCUCCAGCACCACCACCACCUAGUGGGAACUUAGGAGUUCAUGGUGAUGGACUUUCCCUUAAUGGCACUGUUAGAUCCUCCACUACAGCAUCAACAGUGUCUUUGAGUGGCACUCCUGAGCCCCCUGGACAUAAUAUCAGAUCCCUGGUAGGAAAUGGCCUACCUAGAAGUGCACUGAGUCAUGGUGCAAGAGCUGGGAGUGGGCGCAGUAUUGGUGCCACAUCCAGGGGGUCAUCACCAGGAGGGUCAGCAAGGGCUGUGGGUGGCCUCCCAGUCAAGAAUAGAGUGAGUCCUGCCCCAACACCACCUGCACCAGCCAACACACCAUAUCCUGACACGUCAUCCUCCCCAGGAUCGCCUCAUUCUGGCUCUUCUGGUCCCCUAUCCACUAGGGUUGCCUGGCCACAUGGGUCAAUUCCUAAGAGAGUAAAAAAAUUAUCUUGGGAAGAUGAACUCAGUAAUAAAACGGAGUUGGACCCAGAAGUGAGCGUAACACCUAUGCCUCAGUCAUUGGCUACAGAUACACCUAAUCUCACUGUGUAUUUCUGAGCAUGAUGGAUGAUGUGUUUGUCAUCCUUCAUCAGAAUCCAGUAUGAUGCUUUCCCUCUGUCCCGUCCUGUAGGAUUCUUUCCCCUAAGUCCACUGUUGCCUAUUGUUACUUCUUAAGUUUUAUUACCACUCACAUCACAUCACAUCACAUCACAUGUAUGCCAACAAACCAUGAACUAAAAAUCUUGGGGCAUAACAAAUUCAUGGAAUAAAUCUAAAUACAAAACUGGUCUGGUACUAUGGACAUCAGUACAUAGUGAGAAAUUCGAAGAAAGAUUUAUCAUUAUAAUCUUAAGCUUCAACAUAUGAUGAGAAGUAACAGAAAAGUGUUAAAUGAAAUGAUCAGAUCAUAAAAUUUUACUUGCAAUUAUUAACUGCUGCUGCUGUGGGUGUUUGGUAGAGGUUAUUAUGAUCAGGGACAGGAUAGGGGAAAUAUCUUCAACCCACCACAGGCUCUAACCCCUGAAGUACCUGGAGGAGAUAAAACAUUUUAUCCAACUUCUGUGAUCACCGGUUAAGAAUCUUUAAUAUAAGUGUUAAUAUUGUGCAUCAUAGAUGUAUAUUGGAAGUUACUACAGUACAGCACCUCCAAGUUACAGUGCAUCUUCACUGGUAUCAGAUAUCAGCCUUCUAAUAUACUAGAAUAUUAAGGUGUAAUGAUUCCUACAGGUUUUAUAUUUAAGAAUGGAUCUCAGAAAUAUGUGAACACAACAAUUGGUUGUGGAUGUAAUAGUUCCUGGUGCAUUUCAAGUCUUUCUGAAAAUCAGAAAGUACUUCAGUUGUUAUACCAGUGUAUUAACUAAUUAGUUAACUUUGGCUUUUUAAAAUCUUUUGUAUCAUUUACUGUAAAUGACUUUGUAUUAUUGAUGGGAAUUAAUUAUCUUGUGUCAUGAAGAUCUUUGGUUGAUGAAUAAUGUUGUAUUGUAACACAUGUAGUGGUUCAGGUGACAACUAAUGGUUGUUCACAUUUAUGAUUCUCAUGAAUGUUUUGUAAUGUCUUCAAGUGAGGUGGAAUAAUCCAAUAUUGUGUUGCUAAGAACAUGUUAUUGUACACAUAAGACAUGAAACCUUUAAAAUUAAUGUUUAUAACUGUAUUAGAGUUGUUAAAUAUUUUGUGAAAUUACUUGUUUAAUUCACUGAAAUUUUUAUGUAUAUUAUUUUUUUUUUUAUAAUUCAUAAACCAUUAUUUUGAUAUUUUCUCCACUUGCUGGAGUUUUUUGAGUAACUUCAGUAUUUUAAUUAGUCAGCUUCAGUACAGUACAGUCUCUGUAUGUUGUAUAUGAAGGUACAGACCCAUCAUCUAAUGCAUCUCUUACAUGACUUCUCAUUUCCUCACAGGCUACAUUUAAGGUCCCAAUUAUCAAACAACAAUUUAUUCACACUAAUCAUGGGUGAUUGUUCGUGGUAAAGUCAAGUGAGGUAUCUGUCAACCUAGAAGUUUGGGACUAAGAGGCUUCCAUAAAGUGGACACUAUCAUGAUCUUGUGUCCAAGGAAAGCAUGAAAUCUUUAAUUUAACUGUAGCUGUUCAAGUCUGUUCUUUGUUACUUUGUUAUGAAUUUUAUUGUUCAGUGUUAGUACAGGAGGAAAUUAGACUACCCAGAGGAAACUUAUGAUAUUUGGUAGUGAGGGUCAACCUGGAUAACACCCUUCCACAUGUGCCUGGGCCAGAACUUGAACCCAUGACACAAUAGUGAGAGAUAGGCAUGUACCACUGCACUACCAACACCAUAGCUAGUUAGGUAAUUUUAUUAGUUUCUGUAAAUACUGUACCUGUACAGUACACCAACUUCUUUCAUUAUUCUCUAACACUCAGUGAUACAAAGACUAUAAAGAAGUUUUCAUUGUCUCAUCAUUCUCCUCCAGUCACCAUAUAACUUUUUCUCAAACUAAUAUGAAAACAACUAGAGUUGUCACUCACUCAACCACACACACACAGUCACUGAGCAAGGUGCCUGGUUGUCCAGUUUCUUCUCAUUUUCUCUCUUGUAAUAUUUGGAAUAUCAAGAAAAAAUUAUUCUGUAUUCUAAGUAGAUUUUUGGUUGACAGAUAAUUUACUAUAAUGGAUGGUAUAUUUUGGUUGAUAUUUUAUAUCCUGUAUCGGUGAGAGAUUUUCCAUUGUCUGAUUGUCAACAAUGUUGUGUUCUUAAAAAGGUUAUCGAGGAAAAUAGUGUCAUAAUCCCUGAAUCAGACUGUGAAAUGUUUUAAUUUCAAGGAUGAUUAGAAGAAAAUGGUUAUGUGCCAUGGUGUAACAUGUCACCAUUCAAAAUCCCUAACAAAAGUAUAAACAUCUCAGAGGGCACUACUCAGUCCAUACCUGGAGCUGGCGGAGUGAGAAUACCGUAAUGGACUCUUGGAACAAUCUGCCAGAGAGUGUUGUGACUGCACCAAGUGUGAGCUCAUUCAAGACCAGACUUGACCAACAGUGGAAUAGGUUCCGAUACAUUUAGGAGCCUGUACAUGCCCAGAACUUGCCAAUACUAUGUAACAGAGACAUGACCGACCGCCCAAGUGGCUAACGAGCUGAUCAGUGAUGAAGAGGAUAAAAGUAAAGUAAAAAGUAAAAGAUUCCAGAUGCCGUGAUCAAGGAAGAUAUUGUAUUUACUUCACUUGAAUAACCAUAUCAAUUUAAGUAGCUGAUCACAAGCUAUAAACACUUCCAUUGUUGAAGGGACUUUAGUUGCUUCUUAUUGGAUAGUAUCAGCUCUGAUCAUGGUGCUGGAGAGGAGUUGUAGAUGAUGUAGCCAAAAACUUGUUUGGGAUUACACAACAUCAACACAUCAAGUCAAUUGUUCACUCCCAGGUAAACUACUACCUUAAAAGUGUCAAUCCUUUAUGUUAUUUCUAACUUUUGAGGCAUGGAGUUAAAUAAGUUGCUGCACUAAGUAAACCAGAGUCAGUUAUAUUUUUCACUAGCACUCAAUAUUCUGUGUUCUUUCAUGUACUACAAUACAGGCUUACUUUUUUGCCUUUCUUUAUUGAUGUACUGUACUGUCUGUCUGUUGGUACAUUAUCAUAAAUUACCAAACAAAAAGUGUGCCACUUACUGAGAAUGUACUGUACUGUAUUAGGAGUGAAGAGAACAUAUUUGCAGACUCACUUUGUAAGAUUCCACAUAUAUAUCUCAUUAUUAUUUUUUUUUGUGUUAGAGUGGUUGUCUGAGCAACAUUCAGGACUGUAUAUACAGUACAGAUAAGCAUUUUGAUGUGAUAAUAUUAUAACUUGAGACCAUUAAUCAAGGUUCUCUGUAAAUAUUAAUAUAUAUGUAUAUUUUUAUAGGACAAUAAGGCUAACAUCCCUUUGUUGCUCUGCUAUAAGCUAUGUUCCAACCAAAUUUAGAUUUGAUUCUUUCCAGGUUCUUGUGUCAGUAUUUUGUUAUAUCAAAUAUUCCCACACCUGCCACCAGUCACUAUGUGUCUGGUUGUCUGUUGUAAAAUGUUCAUUUUAUUAGAAUUUAAAUCACGUUGGACAUUAUUUUAUAAGAACUUUCUUCAACUGUUACCCUAUUUUUUGGUAUCCAGAUUUAGGUAUCUAUUGACGGAGGAGUUAAUUUUACUUUAUUGUAUAAUACUGUACCCCAAAAUUGAACCUGGACUGAAAAUGGAAUACAUACCAAGGGGCUACCUAUCUGCUGCUCUUUGAUCCUUAACAAUGGUAGUUUUCAGAGAUGAAUUGUCAAUAGUUCCUCAUCCAUUACACUAGAUUCCAGAUGGGUCAGCCAACCUCUUAGUCAUUUUUCCCUACGUAGACCUCCUGUGUGCUUAAGUCUUACAGGGUUGGCGUGAACAGUGUGGUGGGAUGUAGUGUCAAUGGGUACACGAUAGGAGUGCUGCUUAAAGAAGAGUCUUGGACCUUUUGAGGAGGUAGGAACUAUGCUUUCUUUCUUUUUCUUUUUUCUUGCAAAGUUUAAUAAUGGCCGAUUCUGUUGUAUACAUAAUGGAGGUGAGGUCCUUUGUAAAUUUUGUCUGUUUAUACAUACAGCACAGUGUAUCACUGUUAAGUAACUUUGCACCUUACAAAUUACUACUAUUAAAUUUGAUGAUGACGAUAUACAUCAAGAUAUUUGUCGCCAAAAAACACUAUUUAACUGAAAUAUAUUAGAAGAUCUGAAUGUAGGUUUAAACAAUAUGUAUUUUGAUACAACAUUCCCUCAAGUCUUUUUCAAAAUUUUAUGUGAUACUUUUGUAACAUUUUGCCUAGAGCUGAGGACCAGUUGUUAUCAUAAUAUUUACCUCUUCUGACUGGACAGUUUAUAAAGCCAAAACUUUUAGUUAAAAAGAAUUAAGUUUGAAAUAAAUAUACAUAAUCAUACAAGCUGCACAUGUAAUACAUAUCAUUUGAAUAUUAUAGCAUGAUACACAUAUCAUAUUUCAGUAUACUUUUAAUCAUGUAUCAUAGAAAAAGUAUACUUAUUCUCAUGUUUUAUAACUGUAGUGUGUAAGAAAAUUCCAUACAGAAUGCUCAUAUAUCUGCACAUUCACCAAAUAUUGGACAAACUUAUUUUCCAAGCAUUGCUUUCAUCCAGAGAAUGUUUCACAUAACAGGUGCUUCCUUAAUGAGACCAAAACAAUAGUAGCAUAACACUGUAGGAGUAAGGUAGAGUUUUGUAUAUAUGAUGAGUAGACUGCAUAUACUUGGCUUAGUGCGAUCUAUUUUUGUACAUAAUGUAUUUGUUUGAUAUGUGUCAGUGAUGAAGUAUUCUUCCAUUGUAUUUAUUAACAGUACUACCACUGAAACCAACAUGAAUUGUACUGAUAUAUUAGCAAUAAAAUACUGUAUACCAUUAUAAAA